AUGGAGAGCGCGGUACACGCAGCGGUACCGCUGCGGGUGGGCAAGAAGAUGAGGAAGAGACGGGAAUUGGAUGCCCUGGUGGGGGGCGGUGGUUCGCGGGGGGGCCGGCUGUUGUCUGCUUCGAGUGACGAGGGUGAGCCGUGGGGGCGGCGGACGUCCCGGAGACGCCGCUCCCGCCCUUUUGUCCGCCUCGCCGCCGCCCUAGCCUUUUGUGUGUGCAUGGUUUCAGCAGCCACCGUGCUAUGGCUCUUUGUAGAUGUGCGGCGGCAAAUUGUUUCCCUUCGGAUAGAGAUGGAUAGAGUAUCAAUAAGCAGCAACGGCGUAGGUGAUGCAUUACAAAUAUGUCACACAGCCGCCAAGGAACUUCGCGCGAACGCGAGCGAGUUGAAUAUUCGACUGUCCAAUCUGGAGUUAAAGCACCAAGAGUUGACAGAACGCAUGAAGAAGGCCACUAACGACCUGGCCACAGUGUCAGAACAACUAUCAGCGGCACCCAAGCUAGCCGACACACCGAAAAGAUUGGGUGAAUUGCAAUUAACUGUCGCUGGUUUCGGCUCACAGAUCAAAGGAUUCGACAGUGCGCUCACCUCUACUCGAAAACAAGCUGUGGCCGCGACAGCGGGGUUAGAGGAAGUUAGAAAUCUAAUACAACAACUAGAAGGAAAAAAUAAUGAAACCAUCGUCAAUUUGACGAACAACGAAAAAAGGGAAAGCGAACUGAAGGACCAGAUCGCUGCGCUCAAUUCUACACUUGUUAACAGGAUAGAUGGGUUAGAGACGAAAAUGGAGGAAAUGAGGAAGCCAGCCAGUACGGCGGCCCCCGUGACCACAGUACCGACAAGUGUGGCGCCUCCCGUUACCGGAAUUAACACUACUACGUCAGGUCCCGUCAAACCGAUUGUCCUACAA